UUCCCAUCUGUUCCCCACCCCCCCCACUCCCAGAAUCACCUUUCCCUUGUGCUAACACCCCCCACCCCCAGGCCUUUUAAAGCGAUGUGGAAUUUCGGCUGUUCCCUCCACUUUCCCAAAGAGCCAAAUUCUUUGAUGCCAUCGGAGGGAGCUGUCAGGGGGCUAAGAUUGAUCGCCUCAUCUCCUCUCCGUCCCUCUGACCCACUUAUUUAAAAAUCUUCCACUAGAUCGACUUUUCAUUUUCUGCUUUGAGAUCUAGUUUCCCACCAAUUGCUUGGGGCCCUGAGUCUUAUGCCCCCUCCCUCCAGUAAAUUACAGCACUCUCUAAAAUUCACACUAUCUCAAUACCCUUAAAAUAAACAAACAACAACAUUUCCCCAAGGGCCAGAAAUGGAAUAUCAUCGCAGUGGUCAUUAUUUCUGCCCCUUCUGUGUUCAGGGUUUUUUUCUUUUUUACUAGCACAAUGACAAAAAUGGGAGGGGCCUCUCUUUGUCCAGGAGGGGAAAGUCCUUCCCCCUAUAUAUGGACUUGAGCUUUGAGAGUGCUCUGUUAAAUAAAUCCGUGGCUACCUUGGUUCUUGUUCACGUCCCUGGAUAUAGAUACAGAUACAGGCCUGAGAUGUUGUGGGCCCAGACGAGCGAUUGGCCGAGGCAGGUCCCGUGACCACGAAUUCCCUGCAAUUUCGCUGGAGUCCUGGGUUUAAUAGAGAGAGUCCCCAUACGCUUGUAUUUAUCAGCAAUAUACAAUUAUAAAGGCCCAAAAUUAAAAAAAAAACAAAAAAAACAAAAUCGCGAGCGAAAUCUCCCCCUCCCAAAAUCGCUCCAUCACAUAAACCUGGGGGGGGCAGGAGGGGGGGUCCCUUCCGAUCCUCCCUCCUGACGCCCCCCCCAGCAGGCCCCCUCCCCCACCAUUGAAAGCCAUGAAUUUUGAAUUUGAGAGGGAGAUUGGGUUUAUAAACAGCCAGCCAUCGCUCGCCGAGUGUCUGACUUCCUUCCCCGCUGUCUUGGAGACAUUUCAAACUUCAUCAAUCAAGGAGUCGACAUUAAUUCCUCCUCCUCCUCCUUUCGAGCAAACCUUCCCCAGCCUGCAGCCCGGCGCCUCCACCCUUCAGAGACCCGGGAGCCAAAAGCCAGCCGAAGAUGGGCCCGUUCUGCCGCCGCCGCCGCCUCUCCCCGCCGCCCCCCUUGCCCCCGAGUUCCCCUGGAUGAAAGAGAAGAAAUCCGCCAAGAAACCCAUCCAAUCCUCCACGUCUCCUCCGGCCGCCUCCUCGGUCCCGGCCUCCGGGGUCGGCUUGCCGGCAGAUGGCCCGGGGCUGGCGGAGACGGCCGGCGGCGGGGCGCGCAGGCUGCGCACGGCUUACACUAACACGCAGCUGCUAGAGCUGGAGAAGGAAUUCCACUUUAACAAGUACCUGUGCCGGCCGCGCCGCGUGGAGAUCGCGGCCUUGCUGGACCUCACCGAGAGGCAGGUCAAGGUCUGGUUCCAGAACCGGCGCAUGAAGCACAAGCGGCAGACGCAGCACCGAGAGUCGUUCGACGGGGAGCCAGCCUGCCCGGGCGCCCUGGAGGACACCUGCGAGCCCGCCCCGGAGCCCGUGGCUAGCCCGGGCCGCCCCUCCGCCUCGCGGGCGGCGCAGGAAGCCUGCUCUCACCCUCCCGAGGUCGCGCCAGGUCCCUUGGGCGCCCCGAGCGCCCUACCUUUGGCAUCUCGCGGGGAUGGCGCGAGGGCGCCGAGCCCGGGCUGCGACCUGCACGGGGCUGGCGGGCUGGAGCCGGAGCCGGAGCCUUUGCCUGAAGACGCCUUCCCAGAGCAGCAGGAUUCGCCUUUCCUGCCGGACCUCAACUUUCUCGCCGCCGACUCCUGUCUCCAGCUGUCCGGAGGCCUCUCCCCUAGCCUGCAGGGCUCUCUCGACAGCCCGGUUCCCUUUUCCGAGGAAGAGCUGGACUUCUUCACCAGCACCCUCUGUGCCAUCGACCUGCAGUUCCCCUAACCGGUCCCCUCCUCCAAGCCCUUCCGCCCCCCACCCCUCGGUUGUCUAAUGGAAAACCCCAGGACCCCCUGCCACCCUAAGUCGUUUAGACUUCUUUAUGUAUUUUGCUAAAAUUCAGGUAUUAUUGAAUUAGCGUUUAAUUCACUUCUUUUCUUUUCUCUAAAAUAUUGGGCACUCGGGCGUCUUUUUAAAAUCACAGAAAAAAAUCCGUUUGGUAGACUCCUUCCAACGAAAUCUCAGGAAUAAUUAAACUCUAGGGGGGCUUUCUUAAAAAAAACAACUAGAGGAACCUAUUUUCCUCUUUUUCUUAAGUUUUAGACUGUAGAUUAUUUAUUAAAGUUCUUUAAUAGGAAAAGGGGAAAGUAUUUAUUGUACAUUAUUUUCAUAGAUUAAAUAAAUGUCUUUAUAAUAC